CCCCAAAUUACCCACUAAAAUUCAACAUAAAACCCCUUUUUAUCUGCAAUGUCAAUCGUUAAUCCGAAAUUGGUUUAAUGCUCUUGUCAUCAUUCGAUUCGUUAUCUUCUUUUUAGCCCUUUUUCUAACAGACGCUUCUUCAACCAUACAUACAGUCUUAUUAUUUUGGUGAAAUCUUUUCAGAACUUUUCAAAUGCCAGCAUUUAUGAAGUUCUUCGCACUCCUUAGGUCGCUUUCCUUCAAGUCUUCAUCAACAAUUUAAGGCCACCAAAGCCAUCCAUAUUAUGUUAGAUGAACCUGAUAAAUGUAUUCCUUCGUCAUUGAGCAGUUCAAAGCGUCCCCAUUUUUUUUAUAUUUAAUGGGGUACGAUUAAGGUUGCUCUACGAACAAUCCGAAUACGAAUUUCAUUGCUUUUCUGAUGAAAUCUGAGUUUUACUCAUAUCGCUGGAUUCAUCUCGUCUUCUUCUGCUUGGAUUGAUGAUUUUUUCCCCACCUUGCAUCGGUAAGUGUUCAAUAUCUUUGAGAGUAGUUUUGCUGCCAAAAACAGCAGUGUUAGGGAUUGAGGAAGACUAAUACAUGGAGCUCUUUGUUUUGAAUCUCUUUUUCUUGUUAUAAUCGCCCAUGGUUUUCAAUCGUUUUUGUGCUUCAAUCCUCUUUGAUUUCAUGGGAUUUACAUUCUUUAGUUUAUUGACAUUGAGAAUAACAAUAAAAGACGAACACUGGUGUUUUUGUGAAGAUUAGAUAGAUUAAUUUUCUCCUGUGAAAGGGUGAAAAAUGGAUACAUGGAUGGUUGCAGUAGCCGCUGGUGCAGGCUAUAUAGCCCAACAUUUUAGAAAAUGUAAACAAACUGGUGAACAAAUUACAUCAGAAUCACCAUCUUUCAACAGUUCUUUUAACGACAAACCCAAUUCCCCAAAAUACCCUCCCGAAAGACCCAAUUCCCCAAAAUGGCCCUUCCGCAGGUCAACAAAGAAACAAGAUGAUUCCAAAGUAAAAAGUAAAGUUUCUCAAGGUGUUUCUACUACAGAAGCGACUUCUACUAGUGUAAAUGGUGUAAUUUCAGGCAAUUGUGAGGGUAAUAGUGUCUUUUCAUCAUCAACCACGUUCCCUUGUUUUGUUGGCAGUGAUAAUAGAGUAAGUGAAGUAAACAUGGGUACUCCUAGAAAUAGAAUGCUAUUAAGAAAUAGAAGAGCCAUUAAACCUUUAACCUCAUUGGAAAGUUGUGUCAUGGCUCAGUUACACACUCCAUUUGCUUCACCUUCUUCAAAGACCACAAGACCAUUUCUAGUGACUGAUGGCAAUAAGGUAAUUAACAGGUCAAGUGGGGGUACUUUUAUUGGGUCUUCAGAGAUUAAACAAAAUGAUUCAGAUGCAAUGCUACAUGUGUGUAUUGGGAUGUCUUUUGGCAUAUUAUAUUCUUUCAUGGCAAAUAGACGUGAGGUUGAAAAACUGAAUCGGUUGUUGAAGCAAACUGAAAGUUUAGUUCAAGAUCUUGAAGAAGAGAUUGAGAUGAAAGAUUCGUUAGUCAUGCAAGAACUUACAAUUGAUGAUCAUAAAUCUCAAAGAACAGAUAAUGGAUAUAAUAAUUUGGAGGAAUUAACAGAUAGUAAUAACAAAGAAUCUGUUAUACAGAAGAAAAAGGAUGAAUCUUUUGGUGAAAUUGAAGCAGAGCUUGAAGCUGAACUUGAAAUGCUUGAAUUGAAUAUGACUUCUUCAACCUUAGAAAGAAGGAUUAGUGAUUUUUUUGAGGUUGAUCCAGAUUUUGAGCCAGAUGUGGCCCAAGGUGAGUUAAGGGCUGACAUGGUGAUGGAUAACAGGAAUGAAGAUGAAAGUGGAAGCAGAAGCACCACUGGAAGUCCUCCAUGUGCAAACUAUGCAGUUUCACCUAGAGAAUUAAGCUUAAGAUUACAUGAACUCCUUCAAUGGCAGCUUGAAGAACGUAUCAGAGAAUUAGAAGCAGAAAUCGAAAGCAAAAACACCCAAAAUCACAAAUCUUGGAAAGAUUUGUCAAGCAGUGAUGAAAACCCUAACCCUGACACUGUUGAUGUUGAUGUUGAUGUUGAUGAUGAGCCUGUUGUUUUGAAUUUAUCGGGUGAGGCUUUAGAUGCUUAUAAUGAAGCUUGUAAUGAGUUUGCAAAGUUUGAUGAUGAUUCAGAUGAAGAAGAAGAAGAAGAAGAUGAAGAUGUUGGAACACCCAUCAUCAAUGGAGGUUCACAAGAUGAUGAUGAUGAGGAUGAAAUGGAGAAGCUUUUAAUAAAACAUAUUGUGGAGAAAGCAAGACAAGGGUCUCCUAUGGUUUUAAAUGCACAAAGGGCCUUGUUUUCUGAAUAAAACUUGGAACUUAUAAUUUUGUUUGUAUUCAAAUUGUUAUAUAUAGAGAGAGGUUAAUGAUAGCAUAUUCUUUUUGACAUGGACUAUUUGUGAGCU